AUGCAAAUCGAACCGGUACGUCAUUCCCACCUUCUCUCAGAAAAGCCUACCAGUAUCCCUGAUCAUCCUCCAUCGUUCCAUAGUGAACGGCCAAUGGAGAAUGCUGAUGGCGGGUAUAGGCGAAGUACGGAGAAGAGUGGCGGACAACCAUUUACUGUAGUCAAUGAUGCUUCUGCCCGUUCUUAUUUCACUACCUCCGCUUCCUCAACUGCCCCCUCUCUGGUUUCAUUGUCCUCCAUUUCCUCCUUCUUUCUUAGCCCCCUCCCUAAUCACCUUGUACUACUACUUUUUACUCUCCUUCUUCUUCUUCCCGUGGUUUUCGCAUCUAACACCUUUAACACGUAUGCGCUCAAUGCUAAUGGCUUGGCCAAUGUCUCAAAAAUGACUGCAAUCACCAGCACCAUUUCCGCACGUCAACCUCAUGCUUGGGUAAUCAACGAGACAAAAUCCUCCCUGCCUCAUGCUUCACGAGUCCGCGUUCAAGGUUACUCCACCUUUGAGGAACCUGGUGUCCCUAUUUCCGGCACUCGCACCGGCAAAUGGGGUGUUAUAGUUGGUGUUCGAGACUCGAUUCACGCACAGCGACUUCCGACUCCACCACAGCUUCGCGGACGUGCAGUUAUCCUCGACCUAAUCAUACCUACAACCACCGGACGAGGCUUCCCUUACCGUCUCAUUGGCCUUUAUGCUCCUUGGGAUCCGGGAAAUGACGAACUCUCAGUAUCUUCAUUCUGGUCCACAAUUACUGACCUCUGCCGUGACGCUAAAUACUCGUGGUGUAUUCUAGGAGACUGCAAUGCUUCUAUCUCCUCCACAGAGACUCUUGCCACCUCCCCACCCAACGCUUCCCCCCGCCUGCACUAUACUGCUUUCCUCCUCAAUAUGCAGGCCAUCGAUCUCUGGUCCUACCGCGGUGAUGCUGACGCCCAUUCCAUGUUUACAUUCAAGAACCACCUCAGCCAGUCAAUCAUCAACCGCGCUGCCCACUCACCCUCCGGGUUUGUCACUGGCACAAUAACUGCUAACGACAAUUUUAUCCCUGCUACAGAUCACUGCGCUAUUUCUGCCUCGCUCCUUCUCGCUCCUCCAGCCACCCACACCGGCUCGGCAGUAUUACACGACUCAGUCCCACCCAAUGACUACCCUCCUCAAUUCUACUACCCCUGA